CUGAAUUUUUCUUUUAUUUUAAUUGAAUCUUUUCUGUUGACAAACACAAAUACUGUUAUUCCUUGGCCUUUCGGCACCAUUUCCCCAUAUAGUCAUGGCAUCACUUAUUUUCUCCCUGUUUGUCUCUGUUUUUCCAUCUGUUCUUUUUUCCCUUUUCCUGACUUCUUUUGGACUGAAAACAAAAACCAAGAAAUGCCUCAUUCCACUAACAAAGAACUGAUAUUUGGCAUCAUGGUAGGAACUGCUGGAAUCAGCUUGCUGCUAUUGUGGUACAACAAAGUCCGUAAACCCAGGCUAGCAGUGAAUUUACCGAAAUUUCUUUCUCUGGGUAAUACAUUUGAUUCGAUGACUUUGCAAGGUGAAAUGCAUAAUGACCAAGGAGCAGCAGGGAUUGUUCAAGAGAGGCAGCUUCAGAUACUGGAGAAGUUAAAUGAAUUACUGACAAAUAUGGAAGACCUCAAAGCGGAAAUCAGAUUUCUUAAAGAAACUAUUCCAAAGCUGGAGGAAUAUAUACAAGAUGAACUUGGAGGGAAAAUUACUGUUCAUAAGAUAAGUCCUCAGCACAGAGCUAGAAAAAGAAGGCUCCCCUCAGCCCAAAGCUCAGCAACAAGUAAUAGUUCCGAGGAAGCAGAAAGUGAAGGAGGGUAUAUUACAGCUAAUACUGACACAGAAGAACAGAGUUUUCCAGUCCCUAAGGCAUUUAACACAUAUGUAGAUGAAUUAAAUUUAGAUGUCCUUCUUCAGAAGGCAGAUCAUUUACGUGUGAGUGAGUCUGGCAAGUUGGAGAGCUUUGAACUGCUUUGUGACCACAAAGAAAAGUUUAAAGAUGAAAUAGAGUUUAUGUGGCGGUUGGCUCGGGCUUAUGGGGACAUGUGUGAGCUAUCUACAAAUACUCCAGAAAAGAAACAUUAUGCUAACAUUGGAAAAACUUUAAGUGAAAGAGCUAUUAAGAGAGCGCCCAUGAAUGGACAUUGUCAUCUGUGGUACGCAGUUUUGUGUGGCUAUGUAUCUGAGUUUGAGGGCUUACAAAACAAAGUCAACUGUGGACAUCUCUUCAAGGAACAUCUAGAUAUAGCAAUCAAACUUUUACCUGAAGAACCCUUACUGUAUUACCUCAAGGGGAGAUACUGUUAUACUGUCUCAAGACUGAGCUGGAUUGAGAAAAAAAUGGCUACUACUUUGUUUGGAAAAAUACCAUCUUCAACUGUACAAGAAGCUUUGCACAACUUCCUUAAGGCUGAAGAGCUACGCCCUGGCUAUUCUAAGCUCAAUUACAUGUACUUGGCAAAGUGUUAUACUGAUCUUGAGGAAAGAGAGAAUGCUUUCAAGUUCUGUAAUUUGGCAUCACUGCUUCCUUCUGUUACCAAAGAGGAUAAAGAGGCACAAAAAGAGGUGAAGAAAAUAAUCACUUCCUUGAAGAGGUAAAUAAAAGAACUUACUCUUCAACAAUUCAGAUGUGGUCUGCUAAAAUUUGAACUAAUCAAAGUUGUGUUUUUAUUAUCCUUUUUGGAUAUAAGGGUAAUGUGCUCAAGUCUGAAGGUAAAACCACGUUUCUGCAGAAUGCAUUCCACUAGUAGCACCAUAAAAUUAAUCAUGUUAUUUGGAGAAUCUGUUUACUAUAAUGUCAGUGCAUAAUGAUCUAUAAACAUGUAUGCUUUAUAUUUUUCUAUCAAUGAACUAUAGAUCUCAGAAUAUUUCUUUAAAUAAAAUAUUUAAAUCAAUUCAGUAAAAUGAACUCUCAUGAGUAUUUUACUGUUGAUUCAAUGGAGAUUUUAUAAAACAAUAGUUUCAUUAAUGUGGAUGAAAAAUGGAAAAGUGAACAAGUUGUUGGCAGAAGAGAAAAAAGAAUAAAUAUGCUGUAACUAGUGAUCAUAGAGAUGUGAAUAAAAUUACAAUAAAAUGCUGUUUUACCGUCAAA